ACAGAGCGAGCAGUGGGGACAGAUGAGGCUGGACAAGCUCUCGGAGGUGGCCAAGGUGAACACGGACGCCAUCCGCUUGGCCCAGGAGGAGAUCUCCGAGUACCGCCGGCAGCUCCAGGCCAAGACCACCGAGCUGGAAGCCCUCAGAGGGACCCAGGAGUCUCUGGAGAGGCAGAGGCAGGACUCAGAGGAGCGCCACCAUGCAGAUGUCCUGUCCUACCAGGAAACCAUCCAACAGCUUGACAGCGAGCUGAGGAGCACCAAGUGGGAGAUGGCAGCUCAGCUCCGGGAGUACCAGGAUCUGCUCAACGUCAAAAUGGCCCUGGACAUCGAAAUUGCUGCCUACAGAAAGCUCUUGGAAGGGGAGGAAUAUCGGCUCGAGACUGGCAUUGGGAUGCUAUCCUACCCCGAGGUGAUCCCCAAAGCUCCCAGCAUCACCACCAACAUCAAAGUGAAGAGUGAGGAGAAGAUCAGAGUAGUGGAAAAAUCUGAGAAGGAAACAGUGAUUGUGGAGGAGCAGACAGAGGAAAUCCAGGUAACUGAGGAGGUCACAGAGGAGGAGGAGGAGGAGGAGGCUGAGGAGGAGAAAGAGGCUGAGGAGGAGAAAGAGGCUGAAGAAGAGGAGAAAGCUGAAGAAGAGGGUGAAGAAAAGGCAGAGUCUCCUGCAAAGGAGGAGGCCAAGUCUCCAGAGAAAACUGAGUCCCCUUCAAAAGAGGAGGCCAAGUCACCAGCCAUCAAGUCCCCUGAAGAGCCACCAACCCCCUCAAAGGAGGAGGUUAAGAGCCCAGCUGUGAAGUCACCAGAAAAACCUGCAACCCCUUCAAAGGAGGAGGCCAAGACCCCAACUGUGAAGUCCCCAGAGAAACCUGCAACCCCUUCAAAGGAGGAGGCCAAGACCCCAACUGUCAAAUCCCCAGAGAAACCUUCAGCCCCCUCGAAAGAAGAGGCCAAGAGCCCAGCUGUGAAGUCCCCAGAGACACCUGCAACUCCUUCAAAAGAGGAAGCCAAACCCCCAACUCCCUCUAAAGAGGAGGCCAAGACCCCAGCUGUGAAAUCCCCAGAGAAACCCCCAACCCCUUCAAAGGAGGAGGCCAAGACCCCAACUGUGAAGUCCCCUGAGAAAGUCAAAUCUCCUGCAAAGGAAGAGGCCAAAUCUCCUCAGAAGGAAGUGGCCCCAGCCAAGGAGCCAAGCCCCAUCCCUCCGAAGGAGCCAAAAGCCCCCGUGAAGGAGGAGCCCAAGGAGGUGAAGGCUCCUUCCAAGCCUGCAGCUGAAGAGAGCAGGAAGGAGGAAGCUCCCAAGAAGGAUGUCCCAGCCAAGGCAGAGGAGAAACCCAAAGAGAAGGUGACUGCGGUGCCAGAGCCUCCAGCACCACAGGCAAAGGAGACCACCAAGCCAGGCCCCAAACCUGCUGAAGAAGGGAAACCUGAGAAGGAGACUCCACCCAAACCACAGCAGGAGGUCAGCAAAGCAGCUGCCAAGGAGCCUGAGAAACCAAAGGUCAAGGAGAAGGCGGAGGAGCCCAAGAAGGAGAAGGCGGAGGAGCCCAAGAAGGAGAAGGUGGAAGAACCCAAAGCUAAAGCGAAACCCAAAGAUGAGCCCAAAGCCAGUAAGGACCCCCCCAAGGCCGAGGUCCCCUCCAGCAACAGCCUCAGAGCAGGCGCCCGCAACAGGGAAGAAGGCACUGCUCUGCUCACCUGCAAGCCCAGGAAGCAGCAAACACCCAUGCAGGGAUUGGAUUGUGCCGAGUGGGCUGGCAGCCGGCGCCCAGCCGGCAAGGACAGGCUGGGGCUGCAGUGCGGGCUCCGGAAAACGGCUAUUUAUAGCCAUCUCAGUUUUUAG